AUGCGCAUGCUUCCUUCCUCGUCCGACCCCGACCUCGCACACUCCCACGCUCACACGUACCAGGCGCCGCGGACCAGCUCGGUGGCAAGAUCGUCGACCGUCACCCGCAUGCCCCGGGUCAUGGUCGAGUGGUUCGCCAGGGAGCACCUCGGCGCGCACGACGUUGUCGGCUGCGACGUCGAGUACAGCCGCCUCAGGCGAUGCACCGGGCUCCUCAAAGGCGCCGCCGACGAGGCUAUCGCCGGUCGCGUGCGAGCGCUUUUCCGUGACGGUGACCGGCCGGACCUCGGUCUGGGCCGGUCGGAGAUGACACGAUCCUUCUUGCCCUUCUGCAAGGAGCAACUCCAGCCGCCGUUGUCCGUGGACGACGACGACGACGACGACGUGGCGAGGCGACCGAAGUGCCCUCCGUUUCGGCCUGUCAUCUUCCACGACGGUCGGCUCGUGCGCCGGCCGACGACUCUCGUGUCCCUCGCCAUCCUCCUCUGGAUCCCCCUCGGCGUCCUCCUCGCCUUCGUCCGCAUCACGCUCGGCAUCGUCCUCCCCAUCCAGACCAUCCCCUACAUCGCCCCCUUCGUCGGCGGCGCCGUCAUCACGCGCGGCCGGCCCCCCGCCCCGACGACCGGCGCCAACGGCUCGUCCACGGGCGUCCUCUUCGUCUGCACGCACCGCACGCUCAUGGACCCGGUGGUGCUAUCGUUCGUGCUCGGCCGGCGCGUGGCCGCCGUGACCUACUCCCUCUCCCGGCUCUCGGAGAUCCUGUCGCCGAUCCCGACGGUGCGGCUGACGCGCGACCGCGACACGGACGCGGCGCGGAUGCGUGCGGAGCUGGCGCGGGGCGACGUGGCGGUGUGCCCCGAGGGCACCACCUGCCGGGAGCCCUUCCUGCUCCGCUUCUCGGCGCUGUUCGCGGAGCUGAGCGAACGGAUCGUGCCGGUGGCGACGAACUACCGCGUGGGGCUGUUCCACCCGACGACGGCGAGGGGGUGGAAGGCCAUGGAUCCCAUCUUCUUCUUCAUGAACCCGAGGCCGGUGUACGAGGUGACGUUCCUGAACCAGCUCCCCGCCGAGGCGACGUGCGCGGCCGGGAGGAGCCCCGUCGACGUCGCCAACUACGUUCAGAGGAUACUUGCGGCCACGCUGGGGUUCGAGUGCACCACAUUCACCCGCAAGGACAAGUACCGGGUGCUCGCCGGCAACGACGGCAUCGUCGGCGCCAAGCCCGCCGCGACGGCGACGGCGACCAAGCCAGGAUGGCAGCGACGGGUCAGGGAGGUGCUCGGAUUCUUGCGUUUCACUAAGAUCGAUUAA